AUGGCGGCUAGUUUCCCGAACAGCCUUCAUCAAUGGAGUCGACAAUGCACACCUGUCGCCCGAAAACUUGUUCGCUCAAUCAUUGCAACUUCACCUCAACCUCUUUCCACCAAAGAUAUAUUCAACAUCGCGGUGAACAAGACAGGCAUUUCACCGUCCUCAGACAAACCGUUGCAGCGUCUUGUCCCAAGGAAGCCAAUCAGCCAGGCACAAUCUAGACGUGGUUUGGAAAGACAGCCUCCUCCAGAACCUCCUCAUCCGAAACAUGCUAUACGCUCAAUCAGUUACUUGAAAAAUAUCGUGUUACCACAUCUAGCUGCGAGUAACGUUGUGGAGAAAGUGUGCACGAAGCGUACACUGUCGCAAGCAGAGGUUGAGCAGAGGUUGCAGACAAUGACAAAGUCUGCGCGACGGCAACAAGGAGAUUUGCUCUCCACCGCAGUCAACACUUGGUUAUGGCAAGCAAAAGUCAAACAGAAGCCCAAACCAAGUGCAUCUGGAAAGCACCAGAAAUCCUUACUGAAGCCUGAACCACCGCGCUUCACAUCCGCUGCCGUGGGUCAUGGAGAGGAUUGGAGUCAUUUGAAUAAGAGGAGACAGCGAGCAAGAAAACUCAAAGUUCAACGGGACUUGAACUGGAUGUGGAAGUUGCAGAACACUCGGAGGGAUGCUGCCCUGCAGAUACUUAACUCCCAGUCGAGCAUUCCACGCAUCGGCACGAGCACAGACGUGGCAUAA